AUGGCGACAGUGAACACAGAUGCCAUGGAUAGAGACACAUCCAGGUUUAAAAUCGUCCUCACCGUGGUGGUCUCUGGAGUAGAGUGCAUGACUGGCAUGAUUGGGAAUGGCUUCAUCACUGCCAUCCAGGGGGCCAAGUGGGCCAGAGGCAAAAGGCUCCCUGUGAGUGACUGUAUCCUGUUGAAGCUGAGCUUCUCCAGGCUUUUGCUGCAGAUCUGGAUGAUGCUGGAGAAUAUUUACAGUCUAUUCUUCCUGGUCACUUAUAACCAAAACACAGUGUUUAUAAUCUUUAAAGUCACCACCAUGUUUCCGAACUAUUCCAACCUCUGGCUUGCUGCCUGGCUCAACAUCGUCUCUUGCCUUCGAAUUGCAAACUUUGCUCACUGUUUGUUCUCCAUGAUGAAGAGGAAAAUCAGAGAGCUGAUGCCUCGGCUUCUGGGGCUGUCACUGUUCAUCUCCUUAUGCUUCAGCUUUCGCUUCUCUAAAGAUAUCUUCAAUGUGUACGUAAAUAGUUCCGUUCCUAUCCCCUCCUCCAACACCACUGAGAAGAAGUACUUCUCUGAGACUAACAUGGUCAACCUGGUUCUUCUCUAUAACCUGGGGAUCUUCAUUCCUCUGAUCAUGUUCAUCUUUGCAGCCACUCUGCUGAUCAUCUCUCUCAAGAGAUACACCCUACACAAGAUACACCCUACACAUGCCACUGGCUUCAGGGACCCCAGCAUGGAGGCUCACAUGGGGGCGAUCAAAGCUAUCAGCUACUUUCUCAUUUUCUAUAUUUUCAAUGCAGUUGCUCUAUUCAUUUCCAUGUCCAACAUCUUUGACAUCAACAGUUCCUGGAAUAUUUUGUGCAAAAUCGUCAUGGCUGCUUACCCAGCUGGCCACUCAGUGCUACUGAUCUUGGGCAACCCUGGGCUGAGAAGAGCCUGGAAGAGGUUUCAGCACCGUGUUCAUCUUCAUCUAUAA